GCAGCCGUUUUCAAUUUCAUGGAAUAGAACCCUAAAACCUCCGAAUCAAUCCCCAAUCAAGGACUUGUGUUCAUCUGGUUUCAAAACCUCUAGGGCUUUUGUCUGUCUCUCCCUUCACAGAUUCUAGCUCAGGUGCAAUUUUCACCCGGAGUAGCAGCAGCAGCAGCAGUCAUGGGGAUUAUAAGGAGCAGUUUCUCUUUUCUGGCAGGGACGGCCUGUGGAAUUUACAUCGCGCAAAACUACAAUGUUCCCAACAUCAAGAAGCUCACAGAUACUGCACUUUUCAUGGCGAAGCAUAUCGAGGAGAAGUAUCGCAAGCCCAAGAAGAAGGAUGAUGAAUAGUGCCUUUUAUGAAGAGAGAACAGGUUUUUUUUCUUAUAUUUUUUGGAAAUCAAUUCCGGGUUGCCGGGGAUAUGAUCGUUUUGAUGGUAGUAUACAAUUGGGAGAUUUUGUUUAAGACAGGAAAAGAAUUAGCAAACUGUGGAAACCGGUAUUAUGAAGGGCCUUUUUGAUUGUUGACAACAUGCUAAAUUUGGAUAAUUUAUGUUAAUGAAAAGUUAGAGCUCUCCAUACCCAAUCAAUUUUAGAUUUAUAGGAUUAUUGUUGGCGCUGUUGCUGAUGCAUGCAGUGAUUUUAGAUUCAUUAAACCCCCUGGAAAGUGGAAAUUUGAAAUCCUAUGCAUUGUGUGAUUUUGGGAUUUUUCUUUUUGUUUGUAUGUUGUCUGUGUGCAGUUUAGCCUUACUAGGGAAUGAAUGCAGCCAAGAUGACUUAAGAAGCCAUAGUGCUCUUUAGUAGAGCAUGCGUCUGCUACUUGAAAUGUUCUUACUAGAUUUGAUGUGCAGGCUUCCUUGAAUGAUUUUGAGGUGUUUGUCCUGUAAAAGUUAUUAGUUUGUUAGGCGAUGGAGGUAUCUGGAUAUGCCAAUUGAUCUGGCAAUAACUCACAGAGUAAUAGUGUUGUAAGGAGGCAAUAACUAUUCGGUUACCUAUCAAACUUUUGCUUGAAAUGGUGUAUGAUUUCUUAAUGAAUGGAUCAAUGCCUU